AUGUAUUCGGCGUAUCUUAUUUUCCUGUGGAUAUCUGCUAACGAAGAAAAACACCCUUAUAGGGAGCUGGACAAGUUGUCCGAAGAAGUCCAGGACUAUGAAAAAUUUCUGACUGAACUCCGCAAUGCUGCCGAUUCUCAAACGGCAGGAUGGCUUCAGACUUUACUGCUCAAGGUAUGUGUUAUCUGCAUGGCCUUUCCCUGCACUGCUACUAAUUACCAAUGGCUGAGUACAGCAUGGCUUCCGGGGGGAGACGGUGCAUCCAGCAACCAGACUUUCCUUCCACCGCCGCCAAAUGAUGCGGAAGCGGAAGAGCCAUCUCCCAUGUCCUCCAUCGGCUCACUGGACGGCAUUGACCAAAUCAACGAAGAUCCCAAUCGGACAGAUCGUUCUCGGGCAACAGGCGUCAUGGGCAAAACCUCGGAAAUCACCUGGAUGCAACGGGUGCAACGAGAAGCAGAACAGCGAGCCCAAGGACAAGCUGGAUCGCACGAAGCUAACAACUCCGACCCCGAAGAGCCCAAGGAUGGCUUCUCUCUCCACAGCAUGAACUAUCACCUGGACGACCUCGAUAUCAGUGUACCUGGCCCUGUUCAGAAGUAUGAAAUGCCGUCAAGAUACCUCGCCGACCGACUUUUCGAUGACUACUUCACUACGACCCACCCAUUCUUCCCCAUCCUCAGCAGAUCCCUUUUCCGCAAUCAGUACCGGACUUACUACGACAACUCGCGGCCGGACCGUCCCCGACCGGGAGAUAAGUGGUUAGCCAUAGUCAACGUAAUAUUCGCAAUUGCCGCAAAACACGCUCACCUAGUCAAUGCCUCUUGGCGAGGCGAGGACAACGACCACCUUGUUUACCUGACCAGAGCCCGAAUGCUCAGUAUGAACAGCGACGUUCUUUUCAACCACCCCGAUCUCCAACAGGUGCAGGUCGAAGGCUUGACUGCUUUCUAUUUACUUGCAGCUGAUCAGAUUAACAGGGCAUGGAGAAUAUCGGCGCUGGCAAUUCGUUCUGCCAUCACCCUCGGUAUCAACUUGAAAAUCACCAGUUCCAAGACCCCGAGCAUCACCAAGGAAGCGCGAUACCGGGUCUGGUGGUGCCUGUACAGCUUUGAACACAUGCUGGGUGCUAUGACGGGUCGUUCGAUAUACAGUCUUGAAGGAGGUUAUGCUACGCCAUUGCCCCUUCCGUUCGAAGAAGAACAACUCCAAGAAAACCCCGCUGCUGCCGAAGUCCUCAACAAUUCAACCCUCCGAGACGCUUUGAUCAACAACGUGAUGGCUAGUUCAUGGAUUCGACCAACAGGAAGCAAGAACGAACACCACGACCCGCGCCUACGAGACCAGUCAUGGCUCAAAAACUUACCAAUAAACUUCGGCCUAUGUUAUCUUUACUACAGUGACCUGACAGUCGUCACACAGGAAAUCAUCAACAAAGUCUAUACCACGACCUGCACUCUGCUGCCUUGGACCGAUAUUGAGAGCCGCCUCGACGAAAUGAGAAUUCGGAUCGAUAUGUGGAAGUCCAGUCUUCCUCGAGCCCUGGAUUUCACAGAGGAGAACACUAACGAUAGCCCAGACCAGCUGCGUUGUAAAUUGUUUCUCGCAUUUCAUUACUACAGCGCAAAAAUCACGCUAGGACGCCCCUGCCUUUGCCGACGUGAUAAUCGUCGGCCCAAAUCCCCUCAAACCUUCAGUCACAACAUGGCCUUGACAACAAUUGAUGCAGCAUCUCGAAUGCUAGAGCUGAUACCAGACGAGCCAGAUGUCAUCCAACUCUACCAGGUGUGCCCAUGGUGGAGCGUGCUGCGGUAUCUAAUGCAGGCCGCGACAGUGUUCCUCCUCGAGCUCUCGUUCGGUUGCGUGCAUGUCCCUGAACAAGAGAAAACCAUAGUGUCACUCACCAAGAAGUGCAUCCGCUGGUUCUUCGCCAUGUCAGAACGUAGCAUUGGCUCGAGGCGAGCAUGGCAACUGUGCGACACCAGCUUCCGAAAUUUGGCAAGCGGCAUGAAAUACAACACCGACGACCUCCCUACGCAGAACCAUCAAGACUACGUCCCGGCAAGAAUCUCGCCUCUUGCACCUAUCGAGUCCGGCAAUACAUUCGCACUCCCGUCCGGUGACUACUUCACCAUGCCUAUGGAAGAUCUGAACCUCUUUGGACAUCAGAAUCCUCUCGACGGCGAGCUUCUCCCGAAUUACUUCAACCCCAACCCCAACCCCAAUCCCAACCCCCACCCCCAAAAUUCCGAUGUUGCCCAAGGUCACGUGGAAAUGAAUGAUGAAUUCUACCUCCCUUACGAUCCUCUUAGUGGGGAUUUUAUCCGAUCGUUUUUCCCGUCUUCGGAGGAAGACAAGGAACAGCAAUGA